CCUCCUACUUGUCUCUAGGUGGCAUCGGAUUGCUUUCUCUGUUUCAAAGAAAAAUGUGACACUGCUGCUGGACUGCAAGAAGAAGAUGACCCGUCCUCUGCCCAGAGGCAAUAAGGCUGAGGUGGACACCAAUGGCAUCACAGUGUUUGGAGCUCGUCUGCUUGAUGAGGAAGUUUUCCAGGGAGACAUCCAGCAGCUGUUAAUCGCCUCCAACCCUCAGGCUGCUUAUGACUUCUGUGAACACUACAGCCCUGACUGUGACUCCCCUCUGCCCAAGACCCAAGCUCAGGAUCCCAACACAUAUAAGAAAGCGGUCAAUGGAAAAGCAGCUCCCCCUAAGCCCCUUCUUGCAAAAGCUAAACCCACUCCAGCAAAGUCAGCCAAGAAUGGACCUUACAAGCUGGUAGUCAAGCCCCCGAUGCCCACCAAGGCAUCUAAAGCUUCUAAAACUAAAUCAUCCAAAGUAAAACCCACUCCAGCACAGAUCCUGUUGUCUAAGAUCAAGCCAACUGCAGCAAGUAAAUCAAAACCCACAUCUGCUCCAACUAAGAAUGGAAAUGGUAAACCAGCUGUUCAGAAGAAAUCAAAUGGUGGAGCUAAUACCAAUUCUAAUGCAAAUGGGAAGACAUCCAAUGGCAACAGCAAGGCUCAAACCAAAACAAAUGGAAAUGGGAAGCCCUCUGUAGUGUCGAAGGUGAAUGGAAACGGCAACGGCAAAGCUCCGACGCCGAAGAAACCUGUUGGAAAUGGGAAAGUUACCGGGAAAGUUAAUGAUGCAGCCAAAGCUAACGGCAACAGCAAAGCAAAGACUGCGGUUUCCAAAGCACCCAAACCCACAAAAGCAGCUCCUUCAAAAACAGCGAAACCUGCUACAACCAAAGUUCCUGUAGCAAAGGCCCAAGCAGGGUCCAAAGUGAACACUAAGGUGGUCAAACCAACUGCCGGCAAACCUGUGAAGGCUUCAAGUCCAACAAAACAAACUUCAACAACUGCAGCCGUCCGACCCACUCCACCUAGACCCACAAAAGCCAAGAUGGACAACAACAAUGUGAAAUCCCACCACAGACCCUUCCCACCGUUUGGCAAGGCUUCACAGGGUGGAUCUGUUGUCAAAACUAAGAAAGUUACCAACGGUUACCCAGAGCCUCAGGUAGAACCAGCCUUGGAAGGAGAGGAGCUGGAUGCCACCAAGGCAGGCGGUGUGGGAGAAGAAGUUUUCACGGAGGAUUAUGUGACUGGAGACUUGGGCAUGAGGGAAUAUGAUUAUUCCUAUAAGGACUACAAUGAGCCGGAACCAGAGACCGUGAAGGCUGAGGACCACUUUGGUCCAGCCCUGUCCGCUGUGACGGACGAGGGAGGCGUCGGCAUCAGAGGCCAGAAAGGAGAAAAGGGAGAACCAGCAGUCCUGGAGCCUGGUAUGCUGAUUGAAGGACCUCCAGGACCUGAAGGGCCUGCUGGGCUUCCAGGACCUCCUGGUCCUUCUGGUCCUCCUGGGUCAGCAGGUGACCCUGGUGAGAGGGGUGUUCCUGGUCGAGCUGGUCUGCCUGGAGCUGAUGGAGUUCCUGGACCUCCUGGAACCUCAGUCAUGCUGCCUUUCCGCUUCGGACAGAGUGGGGGCGAUAAGGGUCCUGUCGUUUCUGCACAGGAAGCCCAAGCAAGAGCCAUCUUGUCCCAGGCCAGGAUGGCGCUAAAGGGACCUCCUGGACCAAUGGGAUUCACAGGUCGUCCAGGACCUCUGGGAAGUCCAGGAAGUCCAGGUUUGAAAGGAGAGGGAGGAGACCCCGGUCCUCAGGGUCCCAGGGGUCCUCAGGGCGUGAUGGGACCUCCUGGCAAAUCUGGAAGAAGAGGCCGGGCUGGUGCUGAUGGUGCCAGAGGGAUGCCAGGAGAGCCGGGAACCAAGGGGGAUCGUGGCUUUGAUGGUCUUCCUGGUUUGCCUGGUGAUAAAGGACACAGAGGUGACCCAGGUCCAAUGGGACUCCAAGGAUCCCCUGGAGAGGAUGGAGAGAGGGGAGACGACGGAGAAGUUGGGCCCAGAGGUCUUCCAGGUGAACCCGGACCUCGUGGUUUGCUCGGACCUAAAGGUCCUCCUGGAGUCCCCGGACCUCCUGGCGUUAGAGGAAAUGAUGGACCCCAUGGCCCCAAAGGAAACCUGGGCCCCCAAGGAGAACCAGGACCUCCAGGUCAGCAGGGAACUCCAGGAACUCAGGGAUUGCCAGGACCUCAGGGAGCGCUUGGACCACCAGGAGAGAAGGGGCCCACUGGAAAACCAGGUCUGCCUGGGAUGCCAGGAGCUGACGGUCCUCCUGGUCACCCAGGAAAGGAGGGGCCACCUGGCACCAAAGGAAAUCAGGGUCCAAACGGUCCUCAGGGAGCUAUCGGCUAUCCUGGCCCUCGGGGUGUAAAGGGAGCUCAAGGAAUCCGUGGUUUAAAGGGUCACAAAGGAGAAAAGGGAGAAGAUGGUUUCCCAGGAGUUAAAGGAGACUUUGGUGUUAAAGGAGAGAGGGGGGAGAUCGGACUGCCAGGACCCAGAGGAGAAGACGGUCCAGAGGGGCCAAAGGGACGUGUGGGGCCCCCUGGUGAGCUUGGACCACUUGGCCUGGCUGGAGAGAAGGGUAAACUUGGUGUUCCUGGACUUCCUGGAUAUCCUGGAAGACAAGGGCCAAAGGGAUCUCUGGGAUUCCCUGGAUUUCCAGGGUCAAACGGAGAGAAGGGAACAAGGGGUGUUACUGGAAAACUGGGACCAAGAGGACAAAGAGGACCAACGGGCCCAAGAGGCCAGAGAGGACCGAGGGGAGCGACAGGGAAAGCAGGAGCAAAGGGAACUUCUGGAAGUGAUGGCCCCCCAGGUCCUCCUGGAGAGAGGGGUUUGCCUGGACCUCAGGGAGCCAAUGGCUUCCCUGGACCCAAAGGACCUCCUGGACCCCCAGGAAAAGAUGGGCUGCCUGGACAUCCUGGACAGAGAGGAGAAGUUGGUUUCCAAGGUAAAGUGGGUCCACCUGGACCUCCUGGAGUCGUAGGACCUCAGGGUCCAUCAGGAGAAACUGGCCCCAUGGGUGAGCGAGGCCAUCCUGGCCAGCCGGGUCCACCUGGAGAGCAGGGUCUUCCUGGUCCAUCAGGAAAGGAGGGAACCAAGGGUGACCCUGGACCUCCAGGAGGCCCUGGGAAGGACGGGCCCCCGGGUCUGAGAGGGUUCCCUGGAGAGAGAGGUCUUCCUGGAACCCCUGGCGGUGGAGGACUGAAGGGAAGCGAAGGCCCUCCUGGACCUCCUGGACCUGCUGGUUCUCCUGGUGAGAGGGGCCCAGCUGGGACUGCUGGAACCGUGGGACCUCCUGGCAGACCAGGUCCACAAGGACCUCCUGGACCAGCUGGAGAGAAAGGAGUUCCGGGAGAAAAAGGACCUAUUGGCCCAGCGGGUCGGGACGGAGUCCAAGGACCAGUGGGUCUGCCUGGACCUGCUGGAUCACCAGGAGUACCAGGAGAGGAUGGUGAUAAGGGCGAAGUUGGAGAACAUGGUCAGAAAGGCGCCAAGGGAGGAAAGGGAGAACAUGGUCCUCCUGGUCCCCCUGGCCCCAUGGGUCCAGUUGGUCAGCCCGGCCCUGCUGGAGCAGAUGGAGAACUUGGACCGAGGGGCCAGCAGGGGCCUUUUGGAGCUAAAGGUGAUGAAGGAACUCGAGGGUUCCCAGGGGCCCCGGGACCAAUCGGACUGCAGGGACUGCCGGGCCCCCCUGGUGAGAAAGGAGAAACAGGCGACGUUGGCCCCAUGGGUCCACCAGGCCCUCCUGGACCCCGCGGUCCUGCUGGUCCCAGUGGAGCUGACGGUCCUCAAGGUCCUCCUGGUGGUAUAGGAAACCCUGGACCUCUUGGAGAAAAGGGAGAACCUGGUGAAGCUGGACCUCCUGGUGUUGGAGGAGAACCUGGAAAGAAGGGACCCCGUGGAGAGCGUGGAGAGAAGGGAGAGGCUGGACAACCUGGAACUCCUGGACCUGCAGGAGGAAGAGGACGACCUGGAGAUGAUGGACCCAAAGGAAACCCAGGUCCAGUUGGGUUCCCUGGCGAUCCUGGUCCCCCUGGUGAGGUCGGACCCAGAGGUCAAGAUGGGGCCAAGGGUGAGAGAGGAGAGGACGGUGAACAGGGCGAGUCGGGCUCCCCAGGACCUCCUGGUGAGAACGGACCACCCGGCCCACCUGGGAAGAGGGGUCCCGCUGGAACGAGAGGACCAGAAGGACGACAAGGAGAGAAAGGAACCAAAGGAGGCCCAGGAGCUGUUGGCCCUCCUGGAAAGACGGGCCCUGUUGGCCCCCAGGGUCAGCCAGGAAAACCAGGAACAGAGGGCCUCAGAGGUCUGCCAGGAUCAGUGGGUGAGCAAGGAGCUCCAGGAGCUGCAGGACAGAAAGGCCCCCCUGGACCUAUGGGACCUCCUGGUUUGCCUGGUCUGCGUGGAGAACCUGGUGCAAAGGGAGAGAAGGGACACCAGGGUCUGAUUGGUCUGAUUGGACCUCCAGGAGAGCAGGGAGAGAAAGGAGACAGAGGUCUGCCCGGACCGCAGGGAUCCUCUGGACCCAAAGGAGAGCCUGGAAUGUCUGGAGGCGCCGGACCUCUGGGCCCUGCUGGUCCUCCUGGUCUUCCUGGACCCCAAGGUGUCAAAGGAGCAAAGGGAGCAACAGGAGGAUCUGGUCCAAAAGGAGAAAAGGGAGUACAGGGACCUCCUGGGCCUCCUGGUCCACCAGGCGAGGUCAUCCAGCCCAUCCCCAUCCAGAGGAGUCCAAAGUCCAAACGCUCCAUCGAUGCCAGCAAGAUGAUGCCAGAGUUCGACCCGGACAUGCUAGCGUCCGACACCGCCGGUACCGAGUUCAUGAUGGGCAGCGAGGGCAUGGAGGAGAUCUUUGGUUCUCUGGAUUCACUGCGGCAGGAGAUCGAAACCAUCCGGUUCCCUCUGGGCACCCAGGACAGCCCCGCUCGGACCUGCCAGGACCUGCACCUCAGCCAGCCGGACCUCCAGGACGGAGAAUACUGGAUCGAUCCCAACCAGGGCUGCUCCAGAGACUCCUUCAAGGUCUACUGUAACUUUACUAAAGGAGAGACGUGUCUGUACCCCAGGAAAGGCGUCGACUCGGUGAAGAUGAGCUCCUGGAGCGGAGAGACUCCCGGCUCGUGGUUCAGUCAGUUUUCUGCUGGCAGUAAGUUCUCCUACAUGGACUCUAACGGCGAGCCCGUGGGGGUGGUCCAGCUGGGCUUCCUGCGUCUCCUGAGCGUCCAGGCCCGUCAGAACCUCACAUACCACUGCCACCGCUCGGUGGCCUGGGCCGACCGGAGCGCCAAGAACAACCACAAGAGGGCGCUGCACUUCAGAGGAGCGAACGACGAGGAGCUGAGCUACGAGACCAACCCUUACAUCAAAGCGCUGGUGGACGGCUGCUCUUACCGUAAAGGCUUUGACAGGACGGUCCUGGAGAUCAACACGCCGCAGUUGGAGCAUCUUCCUCUGCUGGACAUCAAGGUUACAGACUUUGGGGAGAACAACCAGCAGUUUGGCUUUGAAGUUGGACCUGUCUGUUUCCAGGGCUGAACACACACUAAAACAUGCCAACAUACACUCUCACACACACACACCUGCACUUAAACACACACACAUGAUCGACAUCCAUGCCAAGUAAUUUGUAAAUUAACUUGUAAAUGAUAUUAAAAAACACAUAAACCCACACAGAUACACUCAUCCUCACACAUGUGCCUCGGGAAACGUUUUCCCAGCGACUAAUGGACUAAAAAAAAAACAAAUCAAACUUGUGAAGAGGAGAGAAACGCCUGGGAGCAUGACGGCAUAAGAGGAGGAGGAAACCAGGAGAGAACAUUCCUGGAAUCAAACAUUUUUUUUAGGAGCAGAAGAAGAAGAAAUCCUGAAGAUUGAACCGUCAGCAUGAAGCUCCCUCGUCUCCACCCCGCCCCAUCUCACUCCUCUGUCCUUCUUUCUCCUCCUCCCAACCUCCCCCACCUCUUGCUGAAAGAAGAGUCACAUCCAAACAUCUCUUUAUUUCCACGUUUAAUGUACAGCAACAUGAUUAACAAACACCAUAAAACAGAAAGCCAUGAACCCGUCGAUCACAACAGUCGCUCUGGUUCACAGCUUUAGCGCCGGUCGGCUUUAAAUCCUUUUGAUUUCAUGUAAAAACUUGAAUUAAUGUGUUUUUUUCCAGACGCUUCGUUUUACCUCAUGAACAGAAUCUGAUUCAGUCUAAAGAAGAGACAAAACUCAGACCAAAUGUUUAGCUGUUGCACAUCUAAUCUGGAUUAUUUCUGGGUGCUAACUUCUAUUGUUUUUACUCACAUGUUAAUCAUGUUGUUUGCAUCUCACUUCGUGUCGUUUGAGGUCAGAAGGAAGCGAAGAAUCAGUGGCAUCAGUUUUCUACCCAGAUAUAAACGUCCGCAUGACCUGAUUCUUUAUCCUCCUCAUUCUGAGGUUUCAUCUUCCGCUUUCUGACAUCUCAUUCCCACUUUAAGUCUUCCUCAAGGUGCUUUUUAAAGUCAUUUGUUUCAUCGUUUGUUGCUGCAGACAUGAAGAUGAUGAUGUUGCCUUCCUCAGUAAUGUUUAAGCCAUUUUUAUAAGCUGUGCUAAACAUCAUUUUGUUGUUUAUGAAUGUUUCUGGCAUCUUUUAAAGAAAACAAUCCUUUAAAUCAUCGCAGUAAUUAUUCUGGGUACAUUUUAGGGCUGAAUUACUGAAUAAACUGUGUGGCAAGGUGCUAAUUACACAAAAAUCCUCCCAUUUUUAGUCUCUUUUCUAUUUCACAAAGCCUUUUAGGAGGGAAAUGUGCAUUACAGUACAUUUGUACAGAAAUAGCAAUAUUUUAUUGUAUUUAUUUAAACCAGUCAGGGUGCUUUAGAAUAAAAUUUGAGACGGA